AUGGCUGUCUUCUCUGUGGUAGACCUGCUAUCUGUGCUCGCGGCAGCAAAUAUCGUCUAUUUCUUUGGCCUGGCCAUCUAUCGACUAUACUUCCAUCCUCUGGCCAAGUAUCCAGGACCUCUCCUAUGGAAAUUGACACAGUGGCCCGAAGCAAAAUCCGCAUGGACGGGAAGGAGACACAUCGACCUGCAGCUGCUGCAUGAGCAAUAUGGCGACAUCGUCCGCUUUGGGCCCGACAAACUCUCGUUCCGCACCGCCCAGGCCGUCUACGACAUCUACACGGACCGCAAGGCCAACAUGAUCAAGACCGGCUGGACGCACACGGGCGAGACCAUCAACCCGGGCAUCACGACGCACGUGCUCUCGGACCGCCAGCUCCACGCCGCCCGGAGGAAGCUGCUCAACAACGCCUUCUCAGAGCGGGCCAUGAACAGCCUCGACAAGUAUAUGCUCGAACGCAUUCGCGAUUGGUGCGCCUACCUCGGCCAGGCCCGCGACGACAACGACGACGACGCGAAGCCAGAGAAGCCUGCCGCCACAUGGGGCAAGGAACGUGACAUGGGACAGUGGUCGACCCUGCUGACCAUCGAUGUGCUGGGCGAACUCUGCUUCGGCGCGAGCUUCAACGCCAUGAAGACCGGGGCGUGCUAUAUUAUGGACCUUCUCCUCUCGAGUGCUCGUUUCCAGCAACAGGUCUCUUUCAUCCCGAUCCGCGAAGUGCUCUUCCCCUUCAUGAAGCCCGCCCCUCUCACCCGCAUCGGGCGUCUCAUCGGAUCCCAGAACCUGCUCAACAAGGUGCGGUUCCGGCAGGACGUGGCCGUGUACGUGGAGAAACGGUUCGCGGUGGAGAAGGCGGACGCGGACAAGGCCGAGGAGGACAAGCGGCGCGACUUCUUCUACUACCUGCUGCACGCCAAGGACCCGUCGACGGGCGACCGGUUCCAGCCCAAGGACCUGGUGGGCGAGGCGGCGCUGCUGAUCGGGGCGGGCAGCGACACCAGCUCGACCGCGAUGUCGGGCCUGUUCUUCUACCUGGUGCGCGACCCGCGCGCCCUAGCCAGGCUGCAGGCCGAGGUGCGCGCCGCCUUCACCGACGUCGAGGAGAUCCGCUACUCGGCCAAGCUGACCGGCCUGCCGUACCUGCGCGCCUGCAUCGACGAGGCCAUGCGCAUGACGCCGCCCGUGCCCGGGCUGCUCGACCGGCUGGUGCUGGCGGGCGGGGCGCGGAUCGACGGCCACGACAUCCCCGCGGGCACGACCGUGGGGGUGCCCAUCUACGCCAUCCACCACAACGAGCGGUACUUCCCGCGGUCGUACACGUACCUGCCGGAGCGGUGGCUGGCGGGCGAGGCGUCGUCGCGCGUGGCCGGCUUCGCCGUGACGCCGACGUCGGUCGAGGUGGCCAAGUCGGCCUUCCACGCCUUCUCGUCCGGCCCGCGCGGCUGCGUCGGCAAGAACAUGGCCUACAUGGAGCUGCUCACCGCCGUCGCGCGCGCCAUGUUCCUGUACGACGUGCGCCUCAAGCCCGGCGACCAGACCGGCGCGGGCGGGCCGCACCUCGGCGAGAAGGGGAGAGAACGCCCCGACGAGUACCAGUUGAAAGACUGGCUGAUCGGCGACCGCCAGGGGCCCGUCGUGCAGUUCAAGCCCCGGGAGGAGGGUGUGGUGGUGUGA